GAUAUUUGUCUUAGGAAAGUUAAACUACCUUAUGGCCCCUCCUUAACUAAAGCUCAAGAAUAUGACGUAAAACUAAGGUAGUAUAAAAAUCAGACUGGACCAGGGAAUUGUCACACCAUACCUGUGGAGCGUUCGGCACUCCGCAACACCACUAUGGGGACUUUAAAUUUAAUAACUGUAACGUUAACAAUAUGGCUCACUCUAUCUAUUGGACUGGUUGCUUCACAAACGACCGUAGCGAUCAUUGAACCGUUGACGAAAACCCAACUGAUUUCAGGAAUUGCAUCAGCGCAUAACGAGCUUGUCUGCAGCACGUGGGGAAAUUACCACUUCUUGACCUUCGAUGGAGACGCUUUCCAACUCCCAUCCACAUGUAACCACAUCCUGACGUCGCAGUGCGGGGGCAGCUAUGAAGAAUUUAACGUUCAGAUGAGACGGGCGAUCGUGAACGGCAAGCCCACGAUCAGCAAAAUCACCCUGAAGCUGGACGGCACAGUGGUGGAGCUCGUUAAAGGCUUAAUCAGCGUCAACGGCCAACCGGUCAGUGUACCGUAUGUCAGUGGCGGAGUUCAUAUUGAAAGGCUCAGCUCUUAUCUCGCCAUCAAAUCCACAGUAGGGCUAACAGCCUUGUGGAAUGAAGAUGAUGCCUUCAUGAUCGAAUUAGAUUCAAAGUACAAAAAUCAGACGUGUGGGCUUUGCGGCGACUUCAACGGAGUCCCGGGUUACGAUGAACUAAUUAAGAAUGGUGUGUCUCUCUCUCCUACUGAUUAUGGAACUCUCUGGAAGAUGGACGGACCCACAGAAAGUUGUGACGACGAACCUGUAGAAGAAUAUAAGAACUGCGGAGAUGAGAAUUUCUGCCGCCAGCUGUUCCUCAGGGAGGAGUUCAGCAGCUGCAACUCUCUGGUGUCGGUCGAUGUGUUUGUGACAGCAUGUAUGGAGGAUCUCUGCCAGUGUAACACAACUACAGACUCGUCCUGCUUGUGUCAAACUGUAGCAGAAUAUUCGCAUCAGUGCGUCCACGCAGGAGGGAGACCACAAAACUGGAGGUCUGACGUCUUCUGCCCCAAGUCAUGCCCAGAUACCAUGGCGUAUACAGAGUGUGGGAGCCCAUGUACCGAUACCUGCUCGAACUCUGAGAGAGGAGAGGUGUGUGACGAACACUGCAUUGAUGGAUGCUUCUGUCCUCCAGGCACUGUGUGGGACGAUGUCACCAACUCCAGCUGUAUUCCAUUGAGUUCAUGCUCCUGUGUUCAUGAAGGACAAGUUUAUAAGUCUGGGGAAAAUUACGCAGCUAGCUGCAGAGAAUGCACCUGCUCAGGAGGUCAGUGGACAUGUGUGUAUAAAGAUUGCCCUGGUACCUGCUCGGUUUUGGGAGGUUCGCACAUCAUAACGUUUGACGAAAAACCCUACACGUUUCCCGGAGAGUGUUCGUACGUUCUUGCAAAGGAGUGCUCAGGUGUCGAUUUCACCAUUCUGGGUGAUUUGAUUAAAUGUGGCCUGUCUGACAGCGAGACCUGCCUGAAAACAGUCACCCUUGCGUUAUCACAAGGCAGUAAGGUGAUCCGAGUGGACUCGACUGGGAACGUUGACGUGGACAGGAUUUACACACAGCUUCCACUUUUUACAGCUGAAGUGAGCAUCUUCAAGCCAUCAUCAUUCUACAUCGUCAUCAAGGUCAUCAGCGUGAACCUUCUUCUAGAGAUCCAGCUCGUUCCCAUCAUGCAGGUUUUCAUCACGGUGGAUAGAGCUUUUCAAGGACAAACAUGUGGACUUUGUGGCAAUUUCAACAACAUCCAGGCCGACGAUUUCACCACGGCUGGUGGACUUAGAGAAGGAACGGCGGUGGAUUUUGCCAACACCUGGAAGACCAGAGCAAACUGCCCAGACAUCCAGAGAACCUUCGAGAACCCGUGCAGUUUGAGCACUGAAAAUGAGAAAUACGCGCAGCACUGGUGCUCCCUGCUCUCAGAUCCUAACGGAGUUUUCGCCAGCUGCCAUUUAGAAAUCAGCCCUGACACCUACAAAUCGAACUGUAUCUAUGACUCGUGUAACUGUGAGAAGUCAGAGGACUGCAUGUGUGCUGCACUGUCUUCGUACGCACAUGCAUGUGCUGCUAAAGGGAUCGUCCUCAACGGCUGGAGAGAUGCUGCUUGCAAGAACUACACAGUGUGCCCUAGCACCUUAGUUUACUCAUAUGAAAUGACCAGCUGUCAGCGUACAUGCCGCACCAUCGGGCAGAACGACUACGUCUGCAGCAUCAGCACCACGCCAGUGGACGGCUGCGGGUGCGAAUCGGGCACCUACAUGAACGAAAAAGGAAUUUGCGUUACGGCAAACAACUGCCCAUGUUACGAUUCAAACACAGUCAUUCAGCCUGGCGAGAUCAUUAGCAAAGACGGCACCACAUGCUCAUGUAAGCAAGGCAAACUGAGCUGCAUCGGUGUCCUGAGAGUGCAAGAAUGUGCUGAAUCUAUGACAUACUUCAACUGUUCCACCUCUGCUCCCGGAAGCAAAGGCUCUGAAUGUCAGAAGAGCUGCCAGACACUGGACAUGGACUGUAUCAGCACAGAGUGUGUGUCCGGCUGUGUGUGUCCCUCUGGCCUGGUGUCAUACAACGGUGGUUGUAUCACUGAAGACCUUUGUCCAUGUGUCCAUAACGGAGAGAAAUAUCAAGCUGGAGAGAGCGUUCAAGAUGGCUGCAACACAUGCACAUGUAAGGACAGAAAAUGGCAGUGCACCAUGAAUCAGUGCAGAGGGACAUGUAGCAUCUAUGGAGAUGGCCAUUACAUAACCUUUGAUGAAAAACAAUACACGUUUAAUGGAAACUGUGAAUAUGCCCUUGCUCAGGACUUCUGUAGUGGCAGUAGCAGCAACGGCACUUUCAGAGUCAUCACUGAAAACAUUCCCUGUGGAACAACCGGCACCACCUGCUCUAAAGCCAUCAAACUCUUCAUUGGAAGCAAUGAGCUGAUCCUCACAGAUGGAACAUACCAAGUGGUACAGAGAGGCAAUGGAGAUGAAAUCCCGUACCAGAUCCGCACGAUGGGAAACUACUUGGUGGUUGAGACCUAUAACGGCGUAAUGCUCGUAUGGGACAGAAAAACAACAAUAUACAUUGUGCUCAGUCCUGGCUUUAAUGGAAAUGUGUGCGGCCUGUGUGGAAACUUUGAUGGAAAUGCCAACAAUGACUUCACCACAAGAAGCCAAGAAGUUGUCAUUGACCAACUGACCUUCGGAAAUAGCUGGAAAGUGUCUCCGACUUGUCCAGAGGCAUUUGCCGUUCAAGAGCCAUGCACUAAUAAUCCGUACAGGGAGGCCUGGGCACAGAAACAGUGCAGCAUUAUAAAUAGUGACACUUUCGCCGCUUGCCAUUCAAAGGUGGAACCAGCUUCUUAUUAUUCCGCAUGUGUGAGUGAUGCAUGUGCUUGUGACAGUGGAGGAGACUGUGAGUGUUUCUGUACUGCUGUAGCAGCCUAUGCUAAGGCCUGUAAUGCUGCUGGAGUGUGUGUUUCCUGGAGAAGCCCAAAGAUUUGCCCAUUGUUUUGCGAUUACUACAACCCACCUGGUGAGUGUGAGUGGCACUACAAGCCUUGUGGUCACACAUGUCUGAAGACCUGCAGGAACCCCACAGGAAACUGCACAAUGAAGACUCCAGCACUGGAAGGUUGUUAUCCUGAAUGCCCAGAAGAUCUCCCCUUGUUCGAUGAGGAUAACAUGAAGUGUGUGGCAGAGGACCAGUGUGGCUGCUACGCUGAAAUGCUACGUUACGAUAUUGGGCAAUCUGUCCCUGCUAAGAACAACUGUCAGAAAUGCGAGUGCACAUCAAAUGGAGUGAGCUGCAAUUAUAAUGUAAACGCUUGUACAUGCCAACAUAAUAAUACUAUGUACAAGUAUGGAGACAUCAUUUACCACACAAUGGAUGGACUUGGAAACUGCAUUAUUGCUAUUUGUGCUGAGGAUGGAAACAUUAAUAAGACAGUGGCUCCUUGUGAAACUACAGUUGCCCCAACAGUACCAACAACACCACUGACUACAACAGCAAAGCCUACAACAGUAUUUGUUUUUACCACACCAGAAACAACAACUCCAAGUGCAACAACCACAGAAGCACCUACAGCAACUCCAGAAAUCACGACAAGUGAAACCACACAAAUCUCUGUGACAACAGCAACAACAGCAAUUGCUGCAAUCACAAAGACACCUAGCAUACUCACAGGCACAACAGGCACAACAGGCACAACAGUAAAAUUCACAACAUCAAUGGAAAGCAUGUCACCUUCCUUACCAACAGAAAUUACAAGCACAGCUCCACCAAAGACAACAGCCGUGCCGACAGGUGUACCGACUACUCAGCCUUUGGAAACUACUAUUGCCAAAGAAACCACUAUUUCCCCAGAAAAAACAACAUUGCCAAUUACAACUGCUCCCAUCACAACCACCACAGGACCAGAAGUAACGAGCAGUCUGCCUUCCACAGAGACCACCAUUUCACCAGAAAUAACAACAUUGACAACCAAACCAGUUGUAAAGGUAACCACAGUGCUUCCAGAAGUGACGACCGCUGAGGUUCCUACAUCUCCUUCCAAAGAGACCACAGGUCCAGCAGAAACAACAGCGCUGACCACCACAGCUGCUCCAAAGACAACAUCCGUGCCAACAGUUGUACCGACCACUCAACCUUUGGAAACUACUAUUGCCGAGGAAACCACUAUUUCCCCAGAAAAAACAACAUUGCCAAUUACAACUCCUCCAAUCACCACCACCACAGGACCAGAAGUAACGAGCAGUCGGCCUUCCACAGAGACCACCAUUUCACCAGAAAUAACAACAUUGACAACCAAACCAGUUGUAAAGGUAACCACAGUGCUUCCAGAAGUGACGACCACUGAGGUUCCUACAUCUCCUUCCAAAGAGACCACAGGUCCAGCAGAAACAACAGCACUGACCACCACAGCUGCUCCAAAGACAACAUCCGUGCCAACAGUUGUACCGACUACUCAGCCUUUGGAAACUACUAUUGCCAAAGAAACCACUAUUUCCCCAGAAAAAACAACAUUGCCAAUUACAACUGCUCCCAUCACAACCACCACAGGACCAGAAGUAACGAGCAGUCUGCCUUCCACAGAGACCACCAUUUCACCAGAAAUAACAACAUUGACAACCAAACCAGUUGUAAAGGUAACCACAGUGCUUCCAGAAGUGACGACCACUGAGGUUCCUACAUCUCCUUCCAAAGAGACCACAGGUCCAGGAGAAACAACAGCGCUGACCACCACAGCUGCUCCAAAGACAACAUCCGUGCCAACAGUUGUACCGACCACUCAACCUUUGGAAACUACUAUUGCCGAGGAAACCACUAUUUCCCCAGAAAAAACAACAUUGCCAAUUACAACUCCUCCAAUCACCACCACCACAGGACCAGAAGUAACGAGCAGUCGGCCUUCCACAGAGACCACCAUUUCACCAGAAAUAACAACAUUGACAACCAAACCAGUUGUAAAGGUAACCACAGUGCUUCCAGAAGUGACGACCACUGAGGUUCCUACAUCUCCUUCCAAAGAGACCACAGGUCCAGCAGAAACAACAGCACUGACCACCACAGCUGCUCCAAAGACAACAUCCGUGCCAACAGUUGUACCGACCACUCAACCUUUGGAAACUACCAUUGCCGAGGAAACCACUAUUUCCCCAGAAAAAACAACAUUGCCAAUUACAACUCCUCCACUCACCACCACCACAGGACCAGAAGUAACGAGCAGUCGGCCUUCCACAGAGACCACCAUUUCACCAGAAAUAACAACAUUGACAACCAAACCAGUUGUAAAGGUAACCACAGUGCUUCCAGAAGUGACGACCACUGAGGUUCCUACAUCUCCUUCCAAAGAGACCACAGGUCCAGCAGAAACAACAGCACUGACCACCACAGCUGCUCCAAAGACAACAUCCGUGCCAACAGUUGUACCGACCACUCAACCUUUGGAAACUACUAUUGCCGAGGAAACCACUAUUUCCCCAGAAAAAACAACACUGCCAAUUACAACUGCUCCCAUCACCACCACCACAGGACCAGAAGUAACGAGCACUCUGCCUUCCACAGAGACCACCAUUUCACCAGAAAUAACAACAUUGACAACCAAACCAGUUGUAAAGGUAACCACAGUGCUUCCAGAAGUGACGACCACUGAGGUUCCUACAUCUCCUUCCAAAGAGACCACAGGUCCAGCAGAAACAACAGCACUGACCACCACAGCUGCUCCAAAGACAACAUCCGUGCCAACAGUUGUACCGACCACUCAGCCUUUGGAAACUACUAUUGCCGAGGAAACCACUAUUUCCCCAGAAAAAACAACAUUGCCAAUUACAACUCCUCCAAUCACCACCACCACAGGACCAGAAGUAACGAGCAGUCGGCCUUCCACAGAGACCACCAUUUCACCAGAAAUAACAACAUUGACAACCAAACCAGUUGUAAAGGUAACCACAGUGCUUCCAGAAGUGACGACCACUGAGGUUCCUACAUCUCCUUCCAAAGAGACCACAGGUCCAGCAGAAACAACAGCACUGACCACCACAGCUGCUCCAAAGACAACAUCCGUGCCAACAGUUGUACCGACCACUCAGCCUUUGGAAACUACUAUUGCCGAGGAAACCACUAUUUCCCCAGAAAAAACAACAUUGCCAAUUACAACUCCUCCACUCACCACCACCACAGGACCAGAAGUAACGAGCAGUCGGCCUUCCACAGAGACCACCAUUUCACCAGAAAUAACAACACUGACAACCAAACCAGUUAUAAAGGUAACCACAGUGCUUCCAGAAGUGACGACCACUGAGGUUCCUACAUCUCCUCCCAAAGAGACCACAGGUCCAGCAGAAACAACAGCACUGACCACCACAGCUGCUCCAAAGACAACAUCCGUGCCAACAGUUGUACCGACCACUCAACCUUUGGAAACUACUAUUGCCGAGGAAACCACUAUUUCCCCAGAAAAAACAACACUGCCAAUUACAACUGCUCCCAUCACCACCACCACAGGACCAGAAGUAACGAGCACUCUGCCUUCCACAGAGACCACCAUUUCACCAGAAAUAACAACAUUGACAACCAAACCAGUUGUAAAGGUAACCACAGUGCUUCCAGAAGUGACGACCACUGAGGUUCCUACAUCUCCUUCCAAAGAGACCACAGGUCCAGCAGAAACAACAGCACUGACCACCACAGCUGCUCCAAAGACAACAUCCGUGCCAACAGUUGUACCGACCACUCAGCCUUUGGAAACUACUAUUGCCGAGGAAACCACUAUUUCCCCAGAAAAAACAACAUUGCCAAUUACAACUCCUCCAAUCACCACCACCACAGGACCAGAAGUAACGAGCAGUCGGCCUUCCACAGAGACCACCAUUUCACCAGAAAUAACAACAUUGACAACCAAACCAGUUGUAAAGAUAACCACAGUGCUUCCAGAAGUGACGACCACUGAGGUUCCUACAUCUCCUUCCAAAGAGACCACAGGUCCAGCAGAAACAACAGCACUGACCACCACAGCUGCUCCAAAGACAACAUCCGUGCCAACAGUUGUACCGACCACUCAGCCUUUGGAAACUACUAUUGCCGAGGAAACCACUAUUUCCCCAGAAAAAACAACAUUGCCAAUUACAACUCCUCCAAUCACCACCACCACAGGACCAGAAGUAACGAGCAGUCGGCCUUCCACAGAGACCACCAUUUCACCAGAAAUAACAACACUGACAACCAAACCAGUUGUAAAGGUAACCACAGUGCUUCCAGAAGUGACGACCACUGAGGUUCCUACAUCUCCUCCCAAAGAGACCACAGGUCCAGCAGAAACAACAGCACUGACCACCACAGCUGCUCCAAAGACAACAUCCGUGCCAACAGUUGUACCGACCACUCAACCUUUGGAAACUACUACUGCCGAGGAAACCACUAUUUCCCCAGAAAAAACAACACUGCCAAUUACAACUGCUCCCAUCACCACCACCACAGGACCAGAAGUAACGAGCAGUCGGCCUUCCACAGAGACCACCAUUUCACCAGAAAUAACAACAUUGACAACCAAACCAGUUGUAAAGGUAACCACAGUGCUUCCAGAAGUGACGACCACUGAGGUUCCUACAUCUCCUUCCAAAGAGACCACAGGUCCAGCAGAAACAACAGCACUGACCACCACAGCUGCUCCAAAGACAACAUCCGUGCCAACAGUUGUACCGACCACUCAGCCUUUGGAAACUACUAUUGCCGAGGAAACCACUAUUUCCCCAGAAAAAACAACAUUGCCAAUUACAACUCCUCCACUCACCACCACCACAGGACCAGAAGUAACGAGCAGUCGGCCUUCCACAGAGACCACCAUUUCACCAGAAAUAACAACACUGACAACCAAACCAGUUGUAAAGGUAACCACAGUGCUUCCAGAAGUGACGACCACUGAGGUUCCUACAUCUCCUCCCAAAGAGACCACAGGUCCAGCAGAAACAACAGCACUGACCACCACAGCUGCUCCAAAGACAACAUCCGUGCCAACAGUUGUACCGACCACUCAACCUUUGGAAACUACUAUUGCCGAGGAAACCACUAUUUCCCCAGAAAAAACAACAUUGCCAAUCACAACUCCUCCAAUCACCACCACCACAGGACCAGAAGUAACGAGCAGUCGGCCUUCCACAGAGACCACCAUUUCACCAGAAAUAACAACAUUGACAACCAAACCAGUUGUAAAGGUAACCACAGUGCUUCCAGAAGUGACGACAACUGAGGUUCCUACAUCUCCUUCCAAAGAGACCACAGGUCCAGCAGAAACAACAGCACUGACCACCACAGCUGCUCCAAAGACAACAUCUGUGCCAACAGUUGUACCGACCACUCAACCUUUGGAAACUACUAUUGCCGAGGAAACCACUAUUUCCCCAGAAAAAACAACAUUGCCAAUCACAACUCCUCCAAUCACCACCACCACAGGACCAGAAGUAACGAGCAGUCGGCCUUCCACAGAGACCACCAUUUCACCAGAAAUAACAACAUUGACAACCAAACCAGUUGUAAAGGUAACCACAGUGCUUCCAGAAGUGACGACCACUGAGGUUCCUACAUCUCCUUCCAAAGAGACCACAGGUCCAGCAGAAACAACAGCACUGACCACCACAGCUGUUCCAAAGACAACAUCUGUGCCAACAGUUGUACCGACCACUCAACCUUUGGAAACUACUAUUGCCGAGGAAACCACUAUUUCCCCAGAAAAAACAACAUUGCCAAUCACAACUCCUCCAAUCACCACCACCACAGGACCAGAAGUAACGAGCAGUCGGCCUUCCACAGAGACCACCAUUUCACCAGAAAUAACAACAUUGACAACCAAACCAGUUGUAAAGGUAACCACAGUGCUUCCAGAAGUGACGACCACUGAGGUUCCUACAUCUCCUUCCAAAGAGACCACAGGUCCAGCAGAAACAACAGCACUGACCACCACAGCUGCUCCAAAGACAACAUCCGUGCCAACAGUUGUACCGACCACUCAACCUUUGGAAACUACCAUUGCCGAGGAAACCACUAUUUCCCCAGAAAAAACAACAUUGCCAAUUACAACUCCUCCAAUCACCACCACCACAGGACCAGAAGUAACGAGCAGUCGGCCUUCCACAGAGACCACCAUUUCACCAGAAAUAACAACAUUGACAACCAAACCAGUUGUAAAGGUAACCACAGUGCUUCCAGAAGUGACGACCACUGAGGUUCCUACAUCUCCUUCCAAAGAGACCACAGGUCCAGCAGAAACAACAGCACUGACCACCACAGCUGCUCCAAAGACAACAUCCGUGCCAACAGUUGUACCGACCACUCAGCCUUUGGAAACUACUAUUGCCGAGGAAACCACUAUUUCCCCAGAAAAAACAACAUUGCCAAUUACAACUCCUCCACUCACCACCACCACAGGACCAGAAGUAACGAGCAGUCGGCCUUCCACAGAGACCACCAUUUCACCAGAAAUAACAACACUGACAACCAAACCAGUUGUAAAGGUAACCACAGUGCUUCCAGAAGUGACGACCACUGAGGUUCCUACAUCUCCUCCCAAAGAGACCACAGGUCCAGCAGAAACAACAGCACUGACCACCACAGCUGCUCCAAAGACAACAUCCGUGCCAACAGUUGUACCGACAACUCAACCUUUGGAAACUACUAUUGCCGAGGAAACCACUAUUUCCCCAGAAAAAACAACAUUGCCAAUCACAACUCCUCCAAUCACCACCACCACAGGACCAGAAGUAACGAGCAGUCGGCCUUCCACAGAGACUACCAUUUCACCAGAAAUAACAACAUUGACAACCAAACCAGUUGUAAAGGUAACCACAGUGCUUCCAGAAGUGACGACCACUGAGGUUCCUACAUCUCCUUCCAAAGAGACCACAGGUCCAGCAGAAACAACAGCACUGACCACCACAGCUGUUCCAAAGACAACAUCUGUGCCAACAGUUGUACCGACCACUCAACCUUUGGAAACUACUAUUGCCGAGGAAACCACUAUUUCCCCAGAAAAAACAACAUUGCCAAUCACAACUCCUCCAAUCACCACCACCACAGGACCAGAAGUAACGAGCAGUCGGCCUUCCACAGAGACCACCAUUUCACCAGAAAUAACAACAUUGACAACCAAACCAGUUGUAAAGGUAACCACAGUGCUUCCAGAAGUGACGACCACUGAGGUUCCUACAUCUCCUUCCAAAGAGACCACAGGUCCAGCAGAAACAACAGCACUGACCACCACAGCUGCUCCAAAGACAACAUCCGUGCCAACAGUUGUACCGACCACUCAACCUUUGGAAACUACCAUUGCCGAGGAAACCACUAUUUCCCCAGAAAAAACAACAUUGCCAAUUACAACUCCUCCAAUCACCACCACCACAGGACCAGAAGUAACGAGCAGUCGGCCUUCCACAGAGACCACCAUUUCACCAGAAAUAACAACAUUGACAACCAAACCAGUUGUAAAGGUAACCACAGUGCUUCCAGAAGUGACGACCACUGAGGUUCCUACAUCUCCUUCCAAAGAGACCACAGGUCCAGCAGAAACAACAGCACUGACCACCACAGCUGUUCCAAAGACAACAUCCGUGCCAACAGUUGUACCGACCACUCAACCUUUGGAAACUACUAUUGCCGAGGAAACCACUAUUUCCCCAGAAAAAACAACAUUGCCAAUCACAACUCCUCCAAUCACCACCACCACAGGACCAGAAGUAACGAGCAGUCGGCCUUCCACAGAGACCACCAUUUCACCAGAAAUAACAACAUUGACAACCAAACCAGUUGUAAAGGUAACCACAGUGCUUCCAGAAGUGACGACCACUGAGGUUCCUACAUCUCCUUCCAAAGAGACCACAGGUCCAGCAGAAACAACAGCACUGACCACCACAGCUGCUCCAAAGACAACAUCCGUGCCAACAGUUGUACCGACCACUCAACCUUUGGAAACUACCAUUGCCGAGGAAACCACUAUUUCCCCAGAAAAAACAACAUUGCCAAUCACAACUCCUCCAAUCACCACCACCACAGGACCAGAAGUAACGAGCAGUCGGCCUUCCACAGAGACCACCAUUUCACCAGAAAUAACAACAUUGACAACCAAACCAGUUGUAAAGGUAACCACAGUGCUUCCAGAAGUGACGACCACUGAGGUUCCUACAUCUCCUUCCAAAGAGACCACAGGUCCAGCAGAAACAACAGCACUGACCACCACAGCUGUUCCAAAGACAACAUCCGUGCCAACAGUUGUACCGACCACUCAACCUUUGGAAACUACUAUUGCCGAGGAAACCACUAUUUCCCCAGAAAAAACAACAUUGCCAAUUACAACUCCUCCAAUCACCACCACCACAGGACCAGAAGUAACGAGCAGUCGGCCUUCCACAGAGACCACCAUUUCACCAGAAAUAACAACAUUGACAACCAAACCAGUUGUAAAGGUAACCACAGUGUUUCCAGAAGUGACAACCACUGAGGUUCCUACAUCUCCUUCCAAAGAGACCACAGGUCCAGCAGAAACAACAGCACUGACCACCACAGCUGCUCCAAAGACAACAUCCGUGCCAACAGUUGUACCGACCACUCAACCUUUGGAAACUACCAUUGCCGAGGAAACCACUAUUUCCCCAGAAAAAACAACACUGCCAAUUACAACUGCUCCCAUCACCACCACGACAGGACCAGAAGUAACGAGCAGUCGGCCUUCCACAGAGACCACCAUUUCACCAGAAAUAACAACAUUGACAACCAAACCAGUUGUAAAGGUAACCACAGUGCUUCCAGAAGUGACGACCACUGAGGUUCCUACAUCUCCUUCCAAAGAGACCACAGGUCCAGCAGAAACAACAGCACUGACCACCACAGCUGCUCCAAAGACAACAUCCGUGCCAACAGUUGUACCGACCACUCAGCCUUUGGAAACUACUAUUGCCGAGGAAACCACUAUUUCCCCAGAAAAAACAACAUUGCCAAUCACAACUCCUCCAAUCACCACCACCACAGGACCAGAAGUAACGAGCAGUCGGCCUUCCACAGAGACCACCAUUUCACCAGAAAUAACAACAUUGACAACCAAACCAGUUGUAAAGGUAACCACAGUGCUUCCAGAAGUGACGACCACUGAGGUUCCUACAUCUCCUUCCAAAGAGACCACAGGUCCAGCAGAAACAACAGCACUGACCACCACAGCUGCUCCAAAGACAACAUCCGUGCCAACAGUUGUACCGACCACUCAGCCUUUGGAAACUACUAUUGCUGAGGAAACCACUAUUUCCCCAGAAAAAACAACAUUGCCAAUUACAACUCCUCCAAUCACCACCACCACAGGACCAGAAGUAACGAGCAGUCGGCCUUCCACAGAGACCACCAUUUCACCAGAAAUAACAACAUUGACAACCAAACCAGUUGUAAAGGUAACCACAGUGCUUCCAGAAGUGACGACCGCUGAGGUUCCUACAUCUCCUUCCAAAGAGACCACAGGUCCAGCAGAAACAACAGCGCUGACCACCACAGCUGCUCCAAAGACAACAUCCGUGCCAACAGUUGUACCGACCACUCAACCUUUGGAAACUACUAUUGCCAAAGAAACCACUAUUUCCCCGGAAAAAACAACAUUGCCAAUUACAACUGCUCCCAUCACCACCACCACAGGACCAGAAGUAACGAGCAGUCUGCCUUCCACAGAGACCACCAUUUCACCAGAAAUAACAACAUUGACAACCAAACCAGUUGUAAAGGUAACCACAGUGCUUCCAGAAGUGACGACCACUGAGGUUCCUACAUCUCCUUCCAAAGAGACCACAGGUCCAGCAGAAACAACAGCACUGACCACCACAGCUGCUCCAAAGACAACAUCCGUGCCAACAGUUGUACCGACCACUCAACCUUUGGAAACUACCAUUGCCGAGGAAACCACUAUUUCCCCAGAAAAAACAACAUUGCCAAUAACAACUCCUCCAAUCACCACCACCACAGGACCAGAAGUAACGAGCAGUCGGCCUUCCACAGAGACCACCAUUUCACCAGAAAUAACAACAUUGACAACCAAACCAGUUGUAAAGGUAACCACAGUGCUUCCAGAAGUGACGACCACUGAGGUUCCUACAUCUCCUUCCAAAGAGACCACAGGUCCAGCAGAAACAACAGCACUGACCACCACAGCUGCUCCAAAGACAACAUCCGUGCCAACAGUUGUACCGACCACUCAACCUUUGGAAACUACUAUUGCCGAGGAAACCACUAUUUCCCCAGAAAAAACAACAUUGGCAAUUACAACUGCUCCCAUCACCACCACCACAGGACCAGAAGUAACGAGCACUCUGCCUUCCACAGAGACCACCAUUUCACCAGAAAUAACAACAUUGACAACCAAACCAGUUGUAAAGGUAACCACAGUGCUUCCAGAAGUGACGACCACUGAGGUUCCUACAUCUCCUUCCAAAGAGACCACAGGUCCAGCAGAAACAACAGCAUUGACCACCACAGCUGCUCCAAAGACAACAUCCGUGCCAACAGUUGUACCGACCACUCAGCCUUUGGAAACUACUAUUGCCGAGGAAACCACUAUUUCCCCAGAAAAAACAACACUGCCAAUUACAACUGCUCCCAUCACCACCACCAAAGGACCAGAAGAAACCUCUAUUUUACCAGAAAAAACAACACUGCCAAUUACAACUCCCUCCAUCACCCCUACCACAGGACCAGAAAUAACAACGGCGACAAGUAUCCCGACUUCACUAUUCACCACAUCUAUUCCUACGACAACAAUUGCAAUUUUAACUGGACCCAAACCAACUACUUUACUUCCAACAACAGGCUUGCAAAAGAACAUUAGUAGUACUAUAACUUCACCUGUGACAUCAGCAGCAGUCUGUUGUUUUGUGAAUGGAACAAAUUAUCCCUCAGACACUAUCAUUUAUAAUGUAACUGAUGGCUUUGGGUGGUGCUAUAUUGCAUACUGCAAUGCCACUUGCGACGUUGAUACAAAGUCAUAUUCCUGUUUGACAACACCACCUCCACUUACCACAACACCAUUCAGUACCACAGCAUUUAUGAGUACUCCAACAAGUAUUCCCACUGUUACCACGCUUCCUACAACUGUAGCCCCAGACUGUACCACUAUUAACCCACCAAGAAAGGAUGGGGAGUCCUGGAAAGUGGAUAAUUGCACCACUGCAACAUGUACCAAUGGCUCGGUCAUCUAUGAACCACACAAGUGUAGCCCAGUUGAACAGAUAAACUGUGCAAAUGGCCGAACACCCAUUAAGGUUUAUGAUGAGACUGGCUGUUGCUUCAAAUACGAAUGUGAAUGCUCUUGUAGUGGAUGGAGUGGCUCUCAUUAUGUCACAUUUGAUGGAACCGCUUAUACCUUCAGUGAUAACUGCUCAUACAUUUUGGUUCAAGAAAUUUACAAUACAAAUCUGAAAAUCAUCCUUGACAAGGAAGUAUGCAGCGAUGGGAGCUCCUUCUGCCCACAGAGCCUGAUAAUUACAUACAAUUCCCAGGAUGUUAUUCUGACCCAGAAAAUGACUUCAAAUGGUCCAACCAAUGUGGUGAUGGUGAAUAACAAACAAGUCUAUCCUAUUUUCAAAAAUGUUAAUUACAUCAUCACAAGCACAGGCAUGGAGGUCACAGUGUCAAUUCCAGAGAUUCAGGCUCAAGUGACCUACACAGGCAACACUUUUAACAUUGACUUGCCCUUCUCUGAGUUUCAGGACAAUACAGAAGGUCUAUGCGGGACCUGUGAUAACAGUCAAACAAAUGACUGCAGGUCACCCUCUGGUCAAAUCGAGUCUUGUGAGCACACUGCACCAAAGUGGCAGGUUCCCAAUAAGACGUGCAUAACACCCACCACUCCCCCUCCAAUUACCAUUAGUACCAUUUCUCCCUCCACAACGCCCUACCCAUGCCAGCCAGGCAUUUGUGAGCUCUUCAACAGCAGUGUGUUUGAAGAAUGCCGUAGCAUCAUUCCUUUAGAUCCAUAUAUGAAAAGUUGCACACAGGAUGUGUGCUCUGGAAGCUCUGCUUGCUCGAGCCUGCAGGCUUAUGCAUCUGCAUGCGCUAAGGCAGGAAUGUGCCUGAACUGGAGGAAUUACACUAACGGAGAAUGCGAGGUUACAUGUCCUUCUUCUAAAGUCUAUGAAGCCUGUGGCCCUGCUGUUCCUCCAACCUGCAAUUCUCAGCAUAAUACCAUGUACCAGGAGAUAAUGGAAUCUGCAGAAAAGCAGGAGGGAUGUUUCUGUAUGGAAGGCACCACGCUGUUCAACACAUACUCGGGUGUCUGCGUUACGUCCUGCGCUUGCAUAGGCCCUGAUGGCAGUCCCAAAAUGCCGAACGAAACCUGGCAAGUUGGCUGCCAAACGUGUGAGUGUGAUGGUGAGACCCUGAGCAUACAGUGUAACCCAGUGGUAUGUCCAACCGAGGUGAUGCCCACUUGUGAUCGAGCUGGAGAAGUUCUCAGAAACAAAACAGACGGCUGCUGUGAGAGCUACGAAUGUCAGUGUGAUCCAAAUCAGUGUGUGAUGACCACUGUGGGCUGCCCUCUGGGUUUCACCAAGGACAUGGAUUCAAAACAAGGAGACUGCUGUCCUACAUACACCUGCAAACCUAUGAAAGUCUGUGUGCAGAACGGAACAAUAUAUCAGCCGGGCUCCCCCAUGCCCAGUGAUAACGUGUGUGAGGAAUGCGAAUGUGGCACGGUGAUGGAUCCCAGCACUGAACUUCUGACUCCGGUGUGCACACCAAAAGACUGUAAUCUGACGUGUGACAAGGGUUACGAGAAUAAGCCUGUCCCUGGCAAGUGCUGUGGAGAGUGUGUGAGGACGAGCUGCGUGGUCACGAUUAAUAACGUCACAGUGACCAUCCCGGUUAACGAAACAAUUUCCCCACCUGAUGAUAAAUGUGUGAAAUACACCUGCCAGGAUGUUAACGGUGACCCCAUGGUAAAGGAAAGCAAGAAAAUAUGUCCCGAUUUCAACCCAGAAAUCUGUGUCCCGGGAACAGAGACGACUGAUGCUGACGGCUGCUGCAUGAGCUGUACUCCACAGAGCAACUGUAACGUCCAUACGAACACCACGGUGCUGGUCCAUGACAACUGCAGAAGCACAUCUCCGGUCGAGAUCACUUCCUGCUCGGGAACCUGUGGCACUUCCUCUGUGUACUCUGCAGAGUCCAACACGCUGACGCACGCAUGCUCCUGCUGUCAGGAAGAGAAAACCAGUCAGAAGCAAGUGAAGAUGAUUUGCUCUGAUGGAUCAACGACCAUGUUCACAUACAUUCACAUCGACUCGUGCGGCUGCAUGAAAUCCGACUGCAAAGAAGGAGCGCAGAGACGCCGAAGGAGACGCUGAACAGGCCUCAUUAAUCUUUUAGCAGUGACGGAAAUGUAUUGAUUUAUGUCAUAGCGUAAGUUUCCUCUCUAGUAGUCCAUGUAGUGCUUCUCAUCUUCUUCUCGUAACUGUAUGCAAUAAGUCGUCAAAUGGAGAAAAAUCUGUUUUCACGUUUUUAUUAUUAUUAAUUAUUGUAAGGAAAUGUUAAAAGCUUGCUGGAGUAAGGUGUUCAGUUCGGUGUGCUGUGAUUAUUAUCUUUGUCCUUUGUCUUUUAGUUCUCAAUAAACUACUGCAGUUUAAAGCUU